AUGAGUCUGCGAACCAAGCGCGUCAGCUCCAGCAGCUUGAGGGGCGCGAGCAGGUCCGGCGGUUACGGCGGCUUCCUCGGCGCCUCCGCGGGCGGCUUGGCCGGGUUCAGCAGCGGCUCUGUAUUCUCCGGGCUGUCCGUUAACUCUGUCACCAUCAACCGCAGUCUGCUGGCACCCCUGAACCUGGAGAUCGACCCCACCAUACACAUCAUCCGCACCCAGGAGAAGGAUCAGAUCAAAACCCUCAACAACCGCUUCGCUUCCUUUAUCGACAAGGUACGCUUCCUUGAGCAGCAGAACAAAAUGCUGGAGACGAAGUGGGAGCUCCUGCAGAACCAGACCAGCAGCCGCUCCAACAUCGAGCCUCUGUUCGAGGCCUACAUGGCAGGACUGCGGCGCCAGAUGGACAUCGUCAACAACGACAAGUCCAAGCUGGAGGGCGAGCUGAGGAACACACAGUGCCUGGUGGAGGACUUCAAGCACAAGUAUGAAGAAGAGAUCAACAAGAGGAACUGCCUGGAGAAUGAAUUUGUGGUGCUAAAGAAGGACGUGGACUCGGCCUACAUGAUGAGAGCUGACAUGGAGGACAAGGUGGGCUGCCUGACCGACGAGCACAGCUUCCUGCGCAGCGUGUACGAAGAGGAACUGCGUGAGAUGCAGGCCAGCAUCAAGGACACCUCUGUUAUCGUCCAGAUGGACAACUCACGCAACCUGAACAUGGACCAGAUCGUGAACGAGGUGAAGGCCCAGUAUGAGGAGAUCGCCGCCAAGAGCCGAGAGGACGCAGGGGCCUGGUACAAGAGCAAGUUCGACCAGAUGUCCUUCCAGGCCAGCCAGUAUGUGGACGAGGUGCGCACGGCCAAGGCGGAGAUCGCCGAGCUGAACCGCGCGAUCGGCCGCUUGCAGAGCGAGAUCGAGGCUCUGAAGAGCCAGCGCAUGAGUCUGGAGAGCCAGGUCACGGAGGCGGAGGAACGUGGGGAGUUGGCUGUUAAGGACGGGAAGGGCCGGAUCCGCGAGCUGGAGGAGGCACUCCAGAGGGCCAAACAGGACAUGGCCCGUCAGGUCAGAGAGUACCAGGAGCUGAUGAACGUCAAGCUGGCCCUGGACAUCGAGAUCGCCACCUACCGGAAGCUUCUGGAAGGGGAGGAGGACAGGCUUGGACAACAAGUGGUUUUCAAUGUCCAGUCAGUGACAGGCUACGGAUCCAAAUCUCUCAACGGCCAUCAGCCCAGCAGCACUACAAAGCUCCUCAUCAAGACCACCGAGACCCGCAAUAAUACCAGAUACAGCUCCUCCUAAGGGUCCCCUCAGCCUUAAACGCAUACUGGGUCUGUAGCCUUAAACGCAUACCGGGUCUGUAGCCUCAAACGCAUACCGAGUCUGUAGCCUCAAACGCAUACCGAGUCUGUAGCCUUAAACACAUACCUGGUCAAUGAUCCACUAUCAUAGUCUGUCAUCUUUUUGCUUUAUUAAUUAAACACCAAUCAUCAUUGUGAUUCACGAUCCGGAUCUGGGGCCUGUUCUACAUCGCAGGAUUACCGGGUCAACCGGGUAACUGCACUGAGUAAAACCCAGACCCUGGACAUGGGAAGCAGUUAUUUGAGUUAUUCUUUGUCCAGUUGUCUGGGUAAUGAAGUAAUCCUGCUUUGUGGAACAGGCCCCUGGUCCUACUGGAGAUUCUGUUCAGCAGUAGUUUGUAACCCUGUUCCUGGAGGUCUACAGGUUUUCAUUUCAACCCU